AGCUAUAAAUUAGACCUACCGGCCGUAGCGUAGUCGCUGUCCAGCAGGCAAACUGAUAAGUGUGCUCUCGCCUUUUUCGCAAAACAGUGAAAUCUCGUCCAAAACGCUAGAAGCCAUGGGUGAACGCACCGAUACGAUCGCUGGGCUGGACGAUAUUGCCGUACCGGAGUACAUCGACGAACGGUUGGCUGCGAAAGCGCUCGUCAACGGGCUGGGCCUUCAAUCGGUGCGCAUUGUUGAGUGUAAAAUAACGCGCGCUACCGCCAACGGUGACAAUUACAUGAGUGAUGUGUUUCGGCUCGCAGUCCGUUACGUCGCCGAGCAGUCGGGCGACGAGCGCACCAUCUCGCUGGUAGUGAAAAGUCUUCCCGCGACCGGUCAACGCGGCCCCAUGAUAGAGGAAGUGCAGGCGUACACGAAAGAAGCGACCAUGUUCCGGGACGUGGUGCCCGCACUUUCCGAGCUGACCGGCGGCAUGUUCUUUGCCGCGCGUUGCUUCUACGCCUCCGACCUGCCUGAGCGGUUGCUGGUGUUUGAGGACCUGAAAGCGCUCGGCUACGUGACGGUAAACCGGCAGGCCGGGCUAGACUUUGAACACUGUGCGCUGGUGAUGCGCAAGAUCGGUCAGUUCCAUGCUGCGUCGAUGCGCUUUGCCGAGCAGCGAUUGGAGCUGCUCCAGCGCCAGUUUCACUUCAACAUGUUCAAUCCGGACCACGGUGAGGCGUCGGGACAGCUGCGUACCAUCUUCGAGAAGGGUCUGGAAGCGCUGAUUGCCGUCGCCAGGGAGCGGUGGGACGGGUUCGAUCAAACGAUCGUGCAAAAGCUGGAACGGCUGGCACCGGUGUACAUCGAUCGGUUGCGCGCGUGUCUUGAGCAGGACUGUGAGGCGGACGGUGGCUACCGGGUGCUGAACCACGGUGAUCUGUGGUCGAACAAUAUGCUGUUUCGCUACGAUCCGACCGAACCGACGACCGUGCAGGAUGUGGCGUUCGUCGAUCUGCAACUCAGUUUCUACACGAGCCCGGGCGUGGAUCUAAACUAUGUGCUUGCUACCUGUCCGAACUACGAGACGCGGUCGCGGCUGGACGAGCUGAUCGAGCUGUACUACGCCUCGUUCCGGGACACGCUAGAGCAGCUGCAGUACACGGCCCGGCCCAUCCCGUCGCUCGCCGACGUACGGCGGGAGAUAAGGCGGAUGGAAUUUUAUGCCCUCGUGUCGGUCGUCUCCGUGCUGCCGAUCGUGGUGAUGGACCACACGGACGAGCUGGUGGCUAACUUUGAAAAUCUCAUUGACGGCAAGGAUGCAGCGAGAGCGCGCGACAUACAGUACAAUGGGGUGAACUAUCAGCGCAUCGUGCGUCCGAUGCUGAUUGAAUUCAAUCAGCGCAAGAUGCUAGACAUUUAGACAGACAAGGGGAACCGGCGUUCUUUGGUUGCUUUUGUUGUCAUUUGAUAAGAUCCCUUCAGCAGGUAGCAAAAGUGAGAUAGAAGCUCCGUCGUUGACAAUAUUAUCAAUUUAGGAGGUCCAAGGUCAUUCAUGGAGACAUGGAGUAUCUUUGUUUAGACGAUACUGUGGAGUUUUCGGUGGUCAAAAGUGCCAUAUUAUUGCAGUGUUUUGUUACUUGAUAACAGUAUUACUUGCUUUCAUGCAUGCAACUGUCUUUUGUUCAGAAGAUUCCAGUGUUUCUCAAGUGAUAUUUACAUUAGGCCGCGGGGCCAUGGGGCUUUCUCAAGCUGAGAAAUCAUUCUCAAACACUCAUUUAAGUUUCUCAAACACUUAAAACUUGUUCUCAGACGCGAGCCCGUGGCCGUCGUCAGUUUUUAUCACUUUGAGAAACUGAUAUUGCCACUCAUGCUUUAUUUGGAGCUUUAAAUAGAAAAUAUAUUUUUGAUCGCAUUUUUUUUUUUCAAUUAUAAACAUUGAAUACAUUUUCCAAAGUGAAUACCGAAAAACAAAUAGCAUAAUUGCUCAUAUUUCAGUUAGCCGAUCGCUGCAUCGUCAUCUUUCUCAAAGAUUCUCAAAGAUUCUCAAAACCGAUUUUGUUCCGAUUCGACAAACGCUGAGAACGAGGAUUUCUCAAAAGCACUCAUGAGUGCUUGAGAAAAUGAGCGUUGAGAAUCCCCAUGGCCCCGCGGCCUUAGAAGGAAAUAUUGCAAAUCCGUAAAAUACGUUUCAACAGUAUCUAUGGUAACGCUAAUGAUCUGUCAUUGGUUGCUUUGACAUUCAUUUGCAGAAGAAUAGAAAAUAGGUUGAAAUGGUCUUUUACUAGAGAAACACUUUGUAUUCACAAUGCAGUCAUGAGCUACACCAAAUAAAGUGACACAAUUUUUUUUACCGAAA